AUGGCAAAUGGGGAAUUUACAAAUAUUUUAGUUCAUACAAAUGUUACAAGAUAUGUUGAAUUUAAACAAAUUGAUGGUUCAUUUGUUCAUCGUUACAAUAAAGUUUCAAAAGUUCCUGCAACUGAAUAUGAAGCUAUUUCUUCAGGUUUAAUUGGUUUAUUUGAAAAAAGAAGAUUAAAAAAUUUCUUACAAUGGGUUGCUCAAUAUAAAGAAGAUGAAAUUUCAACCCACAAGGGUUUAAAUUUAGAUCAAGAUACCACAGAUACUGUUUAUAAUAAAUUUGGUUUAGAAGAUGGUACAAAAAAUUUUAUUGGUCAUGCAAUGGGUCUUUUCGAUAAUGAUUCAUAUUUACAAGAACCUGCAAGACCUGCAAUUGAAAGAAUUAUCUUGUAUGUUCAAAGUGUUGCAAGAUUUGGUAAAUCUCCUUAUUUAUAUCCUCUUUAUGGGUUAGGUGAAUUACCUCAAGGUUUUAGUAGAUUAAGUGCAAUUUAUGGUGGUACAUUCAUGUUGGGAACUCCAAUUAAUAAAAUUUUAUAUGAUAAAGAAGGUAAAGUUGAAGGUUUAAAUUUACAAUUAGAUGGUAAAGAAGAAACAACAAAAUCCAAGGUUAUUAUAGCAGAUCCAACUUAUUUCCCUGAUAAAGUUUCAAAAACUCAAAAAUUAAUUAGAACAAUUUCCAUUGUGGAUCAAUUACCUUUAAAAAAUGGUGAAACUUCUGGACAAAUUAUUAUAACAGGUAAAGAAUCUGGUAGAAAAAAUGAUAUUUAUAUCGCCCUUAUCGGUUCAGAACAUAAAGUUUCACCACCAGGUAAAAACGUUGCAAUUGUAUCAACAAUCAUCGAAGGUGACACCGCACCACAUUUACAAAUUUCAUCAGCUUUUAAAAUCUUGGGUAUUAAAGAUUUUAAUUAUACAUUUAUGGGAAUAAGUGAAAUUUUUGAACCUAUUGAGGAUGGAUCUAAAGAUGGGGUUUUUAUAUCAAAAUCUUAUGAUGCAACUUCACAUUUUGAAAGUGUUACUGAAGAUGUUAAAGAUAUUUAUUUUAGAGUUAUGGGUAAACCUUUGAAGUUGACAAAAUUAGAUGAAGGUGAGUUUAAUGCGUUUGCAUAA